AUGAACAUCUCAACCCUGCUCCGUCGAUUGACGACUUCGAACUACCUGAAGUUGAAGGCGGAAAUGCGAAAUGGAGAUGGGUACCCGGGAGCGAAUGGCGCAUCGAUACCGUUCCAUCUGAAGUCUCCAGUAAACGGUCUCCCAAAUCGUCUCAAAAAGAUAGUGGAGGUAACUCAGACAAUGAUGAGGGUUGGAUAUAUUACGACAUGGAGCGAUGGCCGUCGUGGCAAAGAUGGCUGGGGCCGGUACACAAGACGCCGGAAAUGGUGUCGGGAUGCCGAACUCGUCGAAAUAACUCCCAGCACGGAAAGCACUCCACCACCAUCGUCCACCGAAGAACAGGGAUCAUCGUCUUCCCUGCCACAGACGAACAACUCCAAGGGCGACGAUGAUAUUUCCGAUACGGAGGGGAGGACCUCUCCACCAUCUGACUCUCGCAAACCCCGCCAACGACGAUGGUUCGGCAGCAGCGAGCUGUCAAAAGCCCUAGCGUCCCCUCCCGGCUCCGCAUCUAGUUUACCUUUGACAAAUAGCGACUCAUUGUCAACGGCACUUGCAACAGGCGCAGAUUCAGGUACGACGGCGAAGCAGCCGUCGUCGAGCAUUCCAAACGUUCGUGCCACCUCCUACAGCAGCUCUUUCCCACGCACAUACAGUUUUGACAAUGGGGGUAGCGGUAGCAGUAGAAACAGCUUGACCUCCCGUCGGCGCAGCAAAACCAGCAGCGCCAUGGUUGAUACGGAUGGGGAGAGCUUAAGUAAGAGCUUGCGCGAUCAGGAAAUUGAGGAGGCCGAAAAUAUGGCGGAUCGGUUUGGUAGUCGGCCCGGUGGGGUGGCGGAGAGAGCGGAGAGGGGAUGGGGUCUGGGUGAUGAUGCCCAUAUGGGGUUAAGCUAA